GGUCGGAGAGACGGAUCGCGGGUGCUGGCGUGCAGAGAAAUCUUUACCCUGUACGCCGUAGAAGAUCGGCUGGGUUUCGUGAAAAAUGGUAGAGGAAUUGUCGAAAGAAAAUUCAUCGAUCUAUCAUUUGAGACUAAGAACCAUUGAUUCCUUCAAAGGUUGACCGAGAUAUCGCUCGCCGAAAACAGGCCAUUUAACAUGUAAACCCUAUGGGCUGGUAGGAAAUCAUGAAAUGUACGCCGUGGAGCAGCAGUGCUACCAACUAACUUCGGCGGGGGCCGAGUUGUCAUUGCCGUAUGUUGUUGGACGGUUUAUAUAGCCUUGGACGGUGGCGCCAUCAGACGGACUUCACCGAUGCUGCUGCUCGCUCUGCUGGUGUGUGCGGCGGCGGGCUCCGUGCCGGCGGCCCGGGCCGGCGAGCCCAGCCGCUUUGACCGGCCGCUCGCCGUCAGCGACAGCUCGCCGGCCACCGCUGUCGACACCGUCACCCUGCCGCCGACGGACGCACCUGACGAACCGGCGGCUCCUGGCGGCCGGGAGGGCGGCAGCGAUGUGCAGGUGGUGACGGAAAGCUCAGAAGACUACACCACCGCCGCCUCUGCUAUCGUGGCCAGCUCGGCGACCACCACGGUAACUCCUGCUAUCACCACCACUGGCACCAGCACCACCACCAGCUCUACCGCCAGCACCACUGCCCGUCCGAGCAGUGACACCACGGAGCCGGCGGCGGACAACGCCGAGACGACCCCAGUGAUGGCGGAGGACGGAACGAGCGGAGACUCUGCCGACUCUACCACAGUAGCUUCAGCAGACGUGGUUCCAACGACCGUAGCGGCGGAAGAAGACGAACCGACUACAUUGCCGCCCACAGUCGCCGCCGUGACGUCGUCUACGCCUGCCUCUACCGUGUCGUCUUCCACAGCGGCGGCUGUAACGACCCCGGCCACGGAGCCGGCUUCGGUGCCCACCACGCCCGAGUUGCCGGUACGGCUGGUGAGUGGCGUGGCGCUGCCGCCGGGCAAUCAUCCGACCCUGAGCCGGCACCGCCCCGAUCCCGGUCUGGCCCCGUCCGAGACCAAGCCGAGCAAGGCACGCACCGGCGUCCCCGACCCAGAGAUGCUCGACAACCCGUCCAAGCCGCGGAAGGGCGCUCCGCCUCCGGACGCGCCGGCCGCCACACUGCCUCCGCCGCCCCCUCCGCCGCCGCCGCCAGCGUUCUCUGGCGGCCUGUCGGUCACGGAGGGUACUCCAGUGACGGGGAGCAUUUCAUCGUCCUCCGGUGGAGGGGGAUUCUUCGCCGAGAAUACUCUGAACUCGUCCUCACCGGUGAAGAGCUUCGGGUCCAGCGAUCAGCCGUCUCAGACGGAGUCGCCGGAGCUCAAACCGAAGCCCACCGAGGCGAAGGACGCCUCUGACAGCGGCCCAGACAGCGGCAGCGGGGUGGGCGGCUCGGCCGUGGCCGGCGUGGUGGUCCUGGUGAUACUGCUGGCCUUUAUCGGGUUCUUCGUGUUCCGGAGAGUGCGCGAGACCUGGUACCGGCGUCACUACCGCAAGAUGGAUUUUCUGGUGGAUGGUAUGUAUAACCUGUGAUUGCGAAGAGCGUCUCUCUGGCUACACAGACUGACACACAGCAAUAAGCUGCAAACGUAUGUGAUACGUCGAUCUGACGGAACGAGAUUGUAUCCCAGAUCUAGUUGUUAUUGAUAUCAUAUUUACACUAUUCCAACCAGUAGUGAAUUGAUAGUGAGCGUUAUCGUUGGGUGACCGGGCUUUUGGGCUACUCCUAGUGCUUCAACUUUGACGAUAUCCAUUGUCUUCCUACGGGAGGGCCGAGAGCUUGCCUUUCUUGUUGCCUACGGUGGUGGUAUUUCUGACCGUCCAUUUCAUCUUUUAUACAACGCACGCUGUGUUCGUCACUGUGCGAUAUUAGUGAGAAAAUGUCCACCUGUUUGUAUCUGGAGAACGUGUGAAACGGACCGAAUUGUGAUUGUUUAGCGACAACCCUUCGUUCUAGCACCUCUGUGCUGCAAUCGUGCUGUCGAUUGUGAUGGGAGCUUGCCACGGAGCUCUUUGCUUGUUAGGCUGGAGACGGAGCUAUGAUGGUUCAUGUUCCGAAAUUUCUGGUGUGUCACCAGGUAGCUAAGCGCUCUUAGGAGCGUACUCUAUUUUUUUUUUCAGAUAUAAUAGGGUAAGACUGAUCUGUAGGCUUAUACGGAUGCGGUUCGAAUUGCAAACAUAAUGGAUCUACUUAAUGUAACACCGUUCGGCGGAUGUAGGUUGUUUUUAUAUAUGAAUUUACACUAUUGUUGGCUAGUUUGGUAGUCUGCUGCGUCACUACGUCACCGAAAUUCUCGUCACUAUCGGUUCGUGUGUUGCAUCCAGAGGGCGGGACUCUGGGCGGUCUGUAGAGACCCGUCGGUCGUGCCUUGACGUGGGAUGGCGCUGCAAUCGCAUGGCAUCGCCAGAGCCUGAGCGAGUGACUGCGAAUCUGGCUGAAAAGGGGAAUGGGCGAGUAAAGAUGCCGGCUUGUUAGAAGACUACCGUUGGUCGAAUGUCGUGAAACGGUGUCACGCAUGAUGUCCAGGGGUUGGGGCUUUCCGUGCGCGGUGGUGUGUCACACAUGCCUUAUCGCACGCACAUUGAACGGCGUCUGUCGUGUAUCGGCUAAGAGCUAAAAUACAAUUUUGGAAAUAA